UUUCUCUUCCCAUUCUCAACUUCUCCUUGUUGGACUACAAAUAUAUACGGACUUUUUGAAGAAACCAACUUUGUAGCAUUCAUAGAUUACUUGGGAACUGUUUUUGAGAUGCAACAUCUACCCCUUAUAUUGCUAUUGUCACGGUGAUGCUCUAUUCACUAUCUCUUGGUGCAUAAUUUUCCCCAACUACUAGUCUACGCUGUUGCUGAAAAUACUCAAGGAAAAGAAGCACUUCAUUUAUUAAACACAUGGAUAGCAAACAAAGGAAGCGGAAAAGCCAUGUUCCAUCAAGAUCUGAAGCGGUUAAGUUACCAAAAUCCCGCUGCUCGAGAAAGAAAUUCCUAUCAAUCAUGGAUACCCUCCCAAUGGAUAAGAAAAAUGUCAUCAGCGAUAUGAGAUUCGGGGGCUUGUUGCAGCUUGGUUGUAAAGAAUUGCGUUAUGAGCUAAUAACGUGGAUAGUUUCCAAGUACGACAUUGGCUACCACCGCUUAUGCAUGGAAACAAAAGUUGUUGUCCCAGUCACGCCCAAAGAUGUUAGAGAGGUGUUGGGCAUCCUGGACAAUGGCGUUGACAUUCUCAUCUACAAUAGGCAUGGCACACCCAACCGCACAUACGACAUUAAAAUAUUGGAAGCUAAUUUGCGUGAUCUACCAGUUGGCGAAGAAUUCAUGAAAUCCUUCAUCAUUUUUGCCUGUGCCACUAUCCUUGCCCCCAACUCAAAACAAGAAGGUAUGCAUGACUUAUGGGACACGGUUUGUGAUAGUGAAGUGGGGGUGCACAAAAAUUGGGCCAAGUUUGUUCUCCAAUAUGUCGAGGAUGGGAUAAGGGACUAUCGUACAAGUCACCCGACAUACAUUAGAGGUUGUGUCUUGUUUCUUCAGUUCUAUAUGACGGCUUUCCAAGUUGAAGUCUGCAGUCCACUUUCGGCUGCAUGGACAGAUGAGCAAGUCAAGAGGCGCUUGGCUGCCGAAAUACACACCUAUGGCAAUUAUGGCCAUGUCCAGGUUAUACAAGAAAGCAAACCUUCUGCACAUAAUGAUGGACAUCCAUACGAGGUGGGUUGCUCACACUCUGAUGACCCAACUGAGACCAUUGAAGCACGGCUGAGUCGAAAUUCCGAACAUCUUUUGAGCCUCGCUUCAUCUGUGGCACAAGACAUUGCCACACUACGUGCAAGGUCCAGUGGAGGACAAAGUGGUUGUGCACUCACCCCACCAAAAGAAGCUGUGAAUGUAGAAAGAAAGAAAGACGAGGUUAGCACUGGUAUGCAUCCUUGUAGUGAUGAAAUGAUGAGAAAAGGAACCGGUGCCGCAAGCACUCAUUCUGGCCAGCAAAGAGUCACCAGUGCAGCAGUAGAUGAUGGCCCAUGUAUUGACCACGACACAUUCCCACCUUCACAAAAGAGUGCUGAAUUGCAAUCACUUAAAGGGGUGCAAAUGGGUGUUCAAGAAGGCUGUGGCAGCAAACAGCCUUCUCCUACCCCUAGGCGGGGAUUUAAACACACAGCGAAAAGGCUUGUCAAGCCAGCCGCCAUUUGCAAAUCCCCUUUUGUCUCUCAAUGUGUUCAACUAUAUCCUAAAAUCAGCCAACAAGAAAGGUUGGUUGCAGAUUAUGCGUUGUCAGAAGACGGUGAGCCAAGCGAGAUCUUGUGCGAGAUGCAUGGCACAUAUAUAACACGGGAUGAGCUUUCUUCGCUCAAUGGAGUCCGUUGGGUAAAUAGUGCGAUUAUCGGAGUGGUCUGCCGAAUGAUGAAUGCACAACAAGCUAUACCACCGCGCGCACACUAUUUCAACCCAUCAUUCUCCGUGGUGCUAGCCAGCCUUACGACCAAGGCCAAAAAGCAUGAAAUCAGAGAGCGGUGUCGGAUGUUCCUUCAUGCUGAAUUUGUGGGCCAUGAUUUCUCAAGUUGUGAUAUGCUAUUUUUUCCCGUCUGCGACAACAACCAUUGGCACGUGCACGUGGUCAAUAUUCCAGCUUCAAGGGUCGAAAUCUUAUCUUCAUUGCCUUUAAGAAGGGGUAACGGGAUAAGUGUCGUAUCGAGACGCUUGUCUAAUGCAAUUGAUAAAGCAUUCCAUGCUCAUGGCAUGCUCAGGCGAUUGGAGGUCUCAAAAUUCCAGCAUGUGCAACCCCAAAUUGUGCAACAACUAAAUGGAUAUGAUUGUGGCAUGUUCGCAAUCAAGUACAUGGAACAUUGGAACGGGGCGACACUAGCACAUUCAAUCGCGGAGGACAAGAUGCAUCUAUAUCAAUUGAGGCUGGUCGUUACUUUGGUUACUAAUGCGGCAAACAAUGCUAGAGAUAAGGUCUUGAAGGCAUGUCGAAUUUGAUUAAUAGAGGCCACCUUGGACUGGCAAGGUCAAUGAUGGAACCGUACUUGCAUGAGAGUGGGGCUGGUGGUGCCGACAGUGCAUAAUCAGAAGAAUCUGGAGGUGGUUCGUAAGCUGGGAAAGCAUUGAGAAAAGAAGAACAAGAAAAUACCAAGGUUCUCCUCAUUAAUGCGAUCUCACUUGCACAUGCCAGUUGCAACAAUUGGAAAACAAGAUGGUUGACAACCAUAAAGACAUGAGCAAUGUUACAAUUCGGAAUCGUGGCUGCUGGAGAAAGGGAUGUGAUCAUAAGACAUUCUCAUCAUGACUCAAACUUUAUAAUAUAAUUGUUCCUAUUUUGAUUUUCGUUUCUAAAUGUAGGCAUGCCCAAGACCGAAGCCCUCUAAAAACUAUAUAGAUACAUCAUAAUUGGUUUUUUGGUUUACCAUUUUUACUUUGGGCACCCAUUGCAUACUUCCGAUAUAUUUGGGUUGUGACCACCUUUCUGUUAGGUGCUUUUAAAUUAAUUUACCACUGACUAUAAAAAAUACAUUGGUAUAUGAAAUUUUCGUUGAGCUAAAGAGGUUACUCCAUGACCUCUUUGCAGGUGCGUAGUUCUAAGAGAGCCAUGAAAUAUGAGAAACUAUUGGCUAGGUUGAAGAAAUUGAUUUCUAUUCUGCCUACUAUUUGGCCAAGCUAAUUUUGCUAUAUAAGAGGUGAAGCUGAAAUUUUUAAGUAAGAUAUGGUGAAUUCUAUUUUGUGUCAUCAUCAUGAAUAACACCUAUUUAAUAUCUGCAUGCUGCUGAUAUUGAAUCUGUAAUGGACAGUAUCUCUUGGAUUCUUUAAAGACGUCUACAGACUGGUCCAUCUUAUGCCAAAUCCAUCCCACUGUGAGCUUAACCCAUAAAAAAAUCUCACCUACAUUUAAAUUUUUAAUGGAAUUAAAAUUAGAUUGUUCAGUAUUUCACCAUUUGCUUUCUUUUUUUCUUUUGUUUUUUUUCACUCAUUUCAUGGCUACUCCUUACAUCUGUAUGUAUAGUGUAAGGACUUAUUUCCUUUUAUGGAAUUCCAAGAGUCAAGUCAUAUGGAUACAGGAUAAUCAAGAACAAAAAUUCCCUAUAGAUGGGAUAAACAAGGUUUAUGUUGCAUAAUUCUGUUUACAGUUCUAUAAUUAUGCUAAAACUUUCAGUUGUGGUUUGCCUUAACUUUGGGUGUUCUGCUGCAGAUAAGGUUCCAAGUUCAGAGUGUAAGUUAUUCUCCAGUUCCAGUUGAGCAACGAAAAGAGUCAAAGCCAUUUGCCCCUAUGGUGAUUUCAGAGCAGGACAAGAGAAUUGAAGAACUGACAGCAGAGUUGGAAAAUGCAAGCCAGAGGAGUGAGGCAUAUCGAGCCAGUCUGCUUGCUGUUUUGAAAGAUAUGGAGGAAGAGAAAUUAAAGAUAGCAGUGAAAGUUCAGAACACAAGGCUGAAUCUCAAAGGUUGAACUCAGAGAGAUGGUGGGCGUGCCUUAUCCGUCAUCGCCUUCAUCAUGUAUACUACAAAAAUAGCAGAAACCAAAGAGUGUGAGUUGGGUUGGUUUACAUUGUGAUGGACUACCCAUGAUCUCUACAUAUUUUUCUUCAGUGACCAGAAGAGAGUACAAUUUGUGUUUUUUUUUUUUUUGUUGCCUUAGCCCUAGCACCAUUAGUGUGAUGUGUAUUCGUUGUGAAGAAUUCUAAUUGGAUUUAUUUCUUAGGUUAGGAAGGUGAAGUGGGGGAUUGGUACAGGAGCUGUAGGUAGGAGUCUUCGAGUAUCUUACAGUAAUAUCAUUGUUAUUCAAUGAAAUUGCUUUGAUGAUGACAUCCUA